AUGGAUGCUGAAUUUUACAAAGGAUUGAACAAAGCUCUUCGAAAGGAGCAAACUUCGCUGAAAAACCGUCUACAAAGCAUUUUGCUAGAUCAUCGAUUCUUGAGUGGAAAAGUACGAUCCACGUUUCCAGAUUUCCCUGUUGUGCCCAAUGAGAGAUGCGGACUUUGGUACUGUAGUCCGGACAGUUACAACCAGACGAGUUAUUUCAAAUCAACUGACGGCCAUACAAAUCAAUGGGAUUUUAGCGUUCGCAGGCUCAAUUUACAUUUAUUGCCUACGUUGAGAGAUAAGGGAGGCAUAAUCAUAGUGGAUAGUACGAGAAGAGGCAAAAAAAUUCCAGAUGCUCUAAGCAAAACAAUCCCAAUUUGGUGUGCUGUGCUUAAUAUCAUCAUGCUAGAAUACAUUGGGACCUCAGCGGAAUAUCUUUUUUGCCCGCCUGGAACUGUCUCUGCCUUGGAAAAGGAACGUAUCGAUGCCAAACUUCCGGAACUGGUUUCCAAAUUGAAAGAACUGCUUGUUAUAGACGGCAGGGAGCUACAUGGUUUGCUGAAGGGUAAACUUUUGCGUCCGUUCUGGGUGUAUCCCGGAAGCUCCAUUCUAGAAGCUCAGCACGACAUUUUCACCGGAGAAACUGUGAGUUCAAAAUGGGAAUUACCAGCAGACGCCAGUUAUUUGCCCAUAAUUCUUUGUACUGUUAGCUAUCAGUGUCAAGAUGGUAUGGACAAACGCCACGGCUUCACAUACGUGCAAGGUGCAGCCGAUGACCAUGAACUUUGGGCUCAAGGCUUAGCGCCAAGACUUUUCUGGGAGAACCUUUCCAUUUUUAGUGAUAUGCAGAAGUCCGAUCAAGCUCUUCAGGAGUCAUUGGCCUCAGUCGUGAAGCUGAGUUCGGAUUUUGAUAAACCGGGGGACGAUAUCGAUAAGUUUUUUGUUGUUGACAAAAUAACUGAACAUGUUUACUUAGGGUGUGUGCAAGGGACGGCAACGCUUGCUACCAGCUUACAAAAGCAAUUGCAGUUGCGGUUUUCCCUGGUAGUGAUGCUUUCUGAAAGAGUUAGUACAGACGAUGACGAUGUCACAGGGGGAAAGUUUACCAGAAUUUACAACCUUUCAAGUGGUUCUAAGAAGAGUUCGCGAGAACUACGCUUGGCUCUCGUUGAGAUUUGUCCAUUGAUUUACAAGCAUUUGCACGGCAAAUUGCCCGUUCUAGUCUGCUGUGACAAUGGGAAGGACAUGUCUGUUAGCGUCAUUUUAGCUGUUCUAGCGAAGUAUUACACUCCAGAAUGGGAAUUGAGUACAGAACAAGAGGUGCACAAGGCUUUAAUUAAAAGGCAUUUGAUUAAAAUGAUCAAAGUUUUACAUGGAAGAAAUAUCAAUCCCUCUAGGGCGUCUUUGAACAGCGUGAAUGCCUAUCUCAUGUGA